ACAACACCUUCUUAGGUCCCUGUUGGAAGGCGCUCACUGUUGACUCCCAGCGCCUAAAUGCAAGCGGUCCAACAUAACAGAGUUUACACUACCAAGCCGAAGUGUUGGCAUUUAAGUUAUGUCACAAAAAUCACAAAAACUAAAGCAAAUAGGAGGAAGAAGCAGGUACACGAAGUUCAACGGAAAUUAUUUUGGUUCUGAUCCAGGCUAAAAGACGAACACCCAAGUGUGGGAUUUAAAGGACCCUAAAGCCGUGGCUGUCAUAAUUUGCUGUUAGAACUGCAACUACGCAGUUGAUUGGUUUAAAGUAGCCCAAACUGGUCGUCAUAGAGACGAACGACGCUGCCUGCCAUCUGUUUUGUUCUUCAAUCUAUGCUCAGGUAAACUUCUAGCUGCUCAAAUGGAUUUGGAUGGCUUGUUAUCUGUGUCCUCACUCCAGGCUCUUUCUGACCUUCUGAACCCCAAGCGAGAUGAAGAUGAUGACAGUGAAGACGAAAUUUUGUCAAAUACUUCAGUAGCCAGACAGGGUCCGGGACAAAUUGGACCACCCAAGAAGCAGGAACAAGAAGAUAAGGUGGCCUCCCAGAGAGAUGAAGAUAAAUGGACUGAAGAGGAAGUCUCCACUGUCUCUGGAUUUGAUGACCGCUGGGAUCCUAGGGAGCAACCUGAGUACCAAAUCAUUUUCAAGCAGCAAGUCACAGCAGAGGAUGUCUUCCUAGGGAUGAGCAGAAAAGAUCCGUCUACUGCUUGCUGUGAGGACAUGCUAAUAAAAAUCAUUCUGCCAGAUACUGACAUUUUAGAUAUAACACUGGACAUCAAAGAGAAAUUUCUUGAUCUUCAAACACCCAAGUAUAAGCUGGGCCUACACCUUCCCCAUCCUGUGGACAACAAGAAUGGAAAAGCCUGUUUUAAUAGUGAAAAGGAGGCCCUAGAGGUCACACUGACCAUGAAGCGAACCCUGGACUUCAUUAACUUUGCAUGAGAAUGAGAAUGUUAUUAACUGCAGCAGAAAGGUGUAGCUGAAGACAGUGGGAAGCUGAAGACAAACAAAAAAGAAAUAUGUUUCUUCAUGUUCAGUGAUGACUGAUUACAUUUUUUUGUGAUGAGCUAAGUAACAUCCUUUCCAUUUUGCUGAAUGUGAUAGCAAAGCAAUCUAAACAAAAAUCAAUCAUUUCACAGAUGAGACUGACAUAUGCUAGGAGCUUGGGAACAUUAUAAACUGCUUCUGUUAUGUGUCCUAUACAAUGAAUAUUUCAAUAACUAAAAAUGUAUAAGCACAGUAUUUCCCAGUUUUGUGUUCUCUGUUAUACAAGGAAAAUGAAUACAAAAUAUUUCUCACAAGUACAAAACAUUGUAAAUAAAACUGAUUUGUGUGAUAUUU